UUAUUUAUAAUAAUAUCCAUAAAGAAGUGGUCAGUCAUGUACGAGAGGAAGACUGUUGGGGAAGAGGGAAACCCUAGGAGGCACGAUCGAGACGAGGCGAAGGAAGAAGAGUCGUAGGAUGGAGGGGACAUUAGAGCGACACUCUCUGCUUCAAUUGGGUCAAUUGUCGAAGCUUUCGUUCGAUAAUCGUCCGCCGCCGUCGAAUGCUGCGGAUUCGUCGUCGGAGCUCCGAAAUGAGUUGGGUUCCGUUGGUGCAGACGCUGAUUACGGAGAGAAGGAAUUCAUUCUCAGCCAAGACUUCUUCUGCACACCUGACUAUAUAACACCGGACAAUCAGAAUUUGAUGAAUGGUUUAGAAAUUAGCGAGGAUUAUUCUCCUUGUCCUACUUCGCCUGUCAAACUAACUACAGCUAAAAGCAAAAGAUGUCGGCAGGACAGUUUCACAUUGAAACCUUCAGAUUCUACCUGGCCUUCAAAAUAUAGACUAGAUGAACAAGAGAAUGAUGAUAUUGGCACAGACGAGAUCAUGGCGGAUGAUACUGAGAGGACUGGAUACGUUUCACGGACUGCAGUUGCUCUUCGGUGUCGGGUUAUGCCACCUCCUUGCCUCAAGAACCCAUAUCUUAUGAAUGAGUCUGAUACAGCUACUGACCCUUUCGGAUAUCAGAGGUCUAAAUGUGCUAGUUUUCUCCCUGCAAGCAUGGCUGGGGAUGGCUUGUCAAGAUAUCUCACAGACUUUCAUGAAAUUCAGCAAAUAGGAGCUGGGAAUUUCAGUCGUGUAUUUAAAGUUCUGAAGAGAAUUGAUGGUUGCUUGUAUGCUGUGAAAUACAGCACAAGGAAGCUGUAUCUAGGUUCAGAGAGGAGUAAAGCUAUGAUGGAAGUUCAAGCUCUUGCUGUUCUAGGAUUCCAUGAAAAUGUAGUAGGAUACUACAAUUCGUGGUUUGAAAACGAGCAGUUAUACAUUCAACUGGAACUCUGUGAUCACAGCUUGUCCAAGAAAUCUUCUCUUAGGAUCUCAGAGAGAGAGAUUUUGGUGAUUAUGCAUCAGAUAGCCAAGGCGUUACAGUUUGUGCAUGAGAGAGGAAUAGCUCAUUUAGAUGUAAAACCCGAGAAUAUAUACAUCAAGAACGGUGUCUGCAAGCUCGGUGACUUCGGUUGUGCAACGAGGUUGGACAAAAGCUUGCCAGUAGAAGAAGGGGAUGCACGUUACAUGCCACAAGAAAUACUAAACGAAAACUACGAGCACCUUGAUAAAGUGGAUAUCUUCUCUUUGGGUGUCACGGUUUACGAGCUGAUUAGAGGAUCACCACUUACAGAAUCAAGAAACAAGUCCCUCAAUAUCAAAGAAGGCAAACUUCCUCUUCUUCCCGGCCAUUCGUUACAGUUACAGCAACUGCUUAAGACAAUGAUGGAUCGUGACCCGAGCCGUCGUCCUUCUGCCAGAGAGUUAAUGGAGCAUCCCAUGUUCGAUAGGAUUCGAGAUUGAGAUUCUCAGAUGUUGAGAAAUUCCAGUUUUGUAAAUUAUUGUACCGUUUCCGUUCAACACGAACUGCGUGCAGUUUCUCCGCAACUGCUGUUGUUUCCGACGAUAAAUAGAAGUCAAAAGACGGUAUUGUAUAACAGUGUGGAGCUGUUUCGACUUGAUUAAAUAGAAUGACACACACAACAUGAAA